UCUGGGAAGUUUCUGCAGUGAGAGUGCAACACGAAUGGUUGGAGGAUGUAGAAGGAUAACCGUGGAACAUAAUCAUCAAUGUAUAAGACGACAACCGCCGAGUAUCCUCGCAAAACGAAUGUAAUACUUCAAUGAGUACACAGAGGAAUAUGGAGAAUGAUGAACUUCCGCCAGCGGAUGGGCUGGGUAGGCGUCGGGCUGUACUUGCUGGCUAGCGUGGCCACGCUCUAUUAUGUUUUCGAGAUUAGUCAGAAGUACAACCGCCUGACUCUGGAGCUGGUGGAGCAGGCGGAAGGACCUGCCCCACCAGAGGGACCAGCCUCUGCACCGUCUUUGCCCCCUUGGACCAGCAGUUUGAAAACGCGUGUUCUGUCCUUGCCUUUCUGGUUAUGGGUCACCCUAUUUCUACUGCCUUACCUUCAAGUAUUCCUUUUCCUGUACUCCUGCACCCGUGCGGAUCCAAAAACUGUGGGCUACUGCAUUCUGCCCAUCUGCCUGGCCAUUCUCUGCAACCGGGACCAGAGCUUCGCAAAGGCUUCCAACCAGAUCAACCGAUUGCAACUGAUUGAGACUUAACUUGAGUGCUUUGGAUCUUCAUGUUAUCAGUUAAGUGGUGAAUCCCAUCUCAUGUGCUCCAUGUCCUUGCCCAUUUUCAUGUUGUCACACACUCUCUAGAUACUUUUUAUCAGUUUUGGGGGGUAUGAUAAAUAGGUAAAGUUGUCUGAGGUUUAUUAAUAAAACAGCUUAUUGUAGUUUAUGUUUGGCUCUGAUUAUACUUUAAAAAAAUGUUUAAACACUGACAAUUAGUCCCUGAAGUGGAAGACCCACAUAAAACCUAUCAUGUUAGCAUGUGUUGAUGUCUGAUGCAUGGGCAUUUUUAGAUUUGUGCAUCUUUUGUCAUGCAGGGUUGUUUUAAUUGCAUUUAUUGCAGAUAAUUUGCUGGUAUUGACCACUCUUCACUAAGCUAAUUUGGAGUCUUGGUUAGAAAAUUGAGUGGACCAGUGCAGGAGAGUUGUAGGUAAUUAUUGAUGCACCUCUCAGGGGAUGUGCCAUUUUGAAGUGAAUGUAUUGUGUAAUCUAACUUAAAGUUGCUGUUUUGUACUUUAUAAAAAAUCGGUCUGAGCCUUCUGUACAAUCAGAGGCAUUCCAAAAAGCCUCUGGAGCCUAAGUCUGAAUAAAAUCGAUUUCAUGUCUGUACUCUUGAUAAAACACACGGCAAAUUAACUGUCAAAGUGGCGUAAGUCUAUACUUCACAGCAGGAUUAACCAAUGAAGGCACAAGAUGUCUAAAUUUUGUUUAUAUAUAUAUAAACUCUGUUGUGAAGGUGUAUGUUUUGUUUGAAACAUUUUAAGUUUAUUCUUAUUUAGAGAAUUCUAAAAUCAAAUUUCACUUGACACCAUUAUACACAAAUGGGCUCAAGUUUCUAUAAUAUCCACUGGCAGCAAGUUAAGCAGAUGUUUUUUUUCCCCCCAUCAUUUGUCAAAUUUUUUAUACUUAACAGUACACUAAUUUAAUGUCAUUGCAGAAAUAAGAGGAAUUAAAACAGACAGCAAAUGUUUUAUUUGAAUGUCAGCUUAUUUGACAAGUAUCAUACCUUGUGUUGGUCCUGCAGGAGGUAGAAUUAAAAUGUCUGUAGCUGCUGUUUAUAUUCAGUCAUAACUAGUAAUUCUGUCUGUCCUUCACACUUUUCUAAAUUUCUUUCCAUUGCAAUUUUCCCCUUUCCUAAAAGUUUUUUUUUUCUUUCUAUAUGAUUGCACUGUCCUCACCUGGAAUCACUGAAAGCAUGUUUGAACACUCCAAUAGCAUUAAAGAAAUUGUCUUGGGAA